AUGAUCGAUUGUUUUGCGAUUAUUUCGCGGGGAGGUGCUGUUCUGUGGCAGCAGCAGGGGUCGGCGUUGAAGGGCGAUCCAGUCGGUGCGCUGAUAAGGCAGCACCUCGCCGAGGAGCGGCUCGAUGAAGCUUUCGACUACUCGCCGUCUCCCGGCGUGUCUUACGGCGUCAAGUGGCUCAGUUCCAACCAAAACGGUUUACUGUUCGUCGCUGUUCACGACCGCUCGUCUUCGAGUCUGUUCGUGGCUGACCUGCUGAAAGCCAUCAAGCGUGACUUCUCCAAGGUUUACCAGCCGGGGAUCUUCUCCUACCCUGAGUACGACGCAAACUUCAAGGCGAUACACGCACGGGCGGAGGCCCAAGUCGACGAGAGGCGAGCGGCGGCGAAGGGCCCUAGUGACGCGCAUGCAGAGCCGGACGCACGGGGCGCAGCGCAGGCGGUCGAGGCACGCCUGAGCGCCGAGGACACCAACGAAGGCGCAGCGGAGGGCGGCGCGGAGGCCAAUGACGCAGUUGACAUCAGCAAGCUGAAGGGAAAGGUCAAGGGCAAGGCGAAGAAGAGGAGCGAGCAGGACCUGUUUGCCGCAAUGCGCAGCAACAGCAAAAAGAAGGACAGGCCGAAGGGGAAGGAGAUGCGGCGGUGGGAUGGCAGUAAGGACGACUACAAGGGGCCGCUGGACCUCAGCACCGACAAGCCCGCGAAGGAGGAGGCCGAGGGGACGAUGGAUGUGUCCAGGGCGGCCGCGAGCCGCAUGGACGCGGAGGGGGAGUCGGAGGAGUCUGACGAGGAGGAGGUGGAAGUGGCCAGCAAGGGGCUGCUGGGGGGGUUCAUGCAGACGCUGCGCACUAACAUCACCGGGAAGGAGUCGCUGACGAGGCAGGACCUGCAGCCGGCGCUCGACGCCAUGCGGAGGCAGCUGUUGGAGAGGAACGUCGCGGAGGAAAUCAGUUCCAAGCUGUGCGAGACCGUCGCCGCGAAGCUCAGCGGAACCAGCCUGUCGAGCUUCACGAGGGUGUCGACGGUCGUCAAGCGCGCGUUCGAGGAAGCUCUGGUGCGCGUGUUGACUCCGAAGAGGUCGAUUGACGUUCUGGCGGAGAUCCGCGCGGCGCAAGCGCGGAACACCCCCUACACGAUGGUGUUUGUGGGCGUCAACGGGGUGGGCAAGUCGACGAACCUGGCCAAGGUGGCAUACUGGCUGUUGCAGAAUAAGGUCAAGGUCAUGAUCGCUGCGUGCGACACGUUCCGUUCCGGCGCCGUCGAGCAGCUGCGCACCCACUGCCACCGGCUGGACGUGCCUCUGUUUGAGCGCGGCUACGAGAAGGACCCCGCGCAGGUGGCGCAGGAGGCGAUCAAGCAGGCGAAGCGGAUGGGCGUCGACGUGCUGCUGAUCGACACCGCGGGCCGCAUGCAGGACAACGAGCCGCUGAUGCGCGCCCUGGCCAACCUCAUCAACCUGAACCAGCCCGACCUGACGCUGUUCGUCGGGGAGGCGCUCGUGGGGAACGACGCCGUCGACCAGCUCACCAAGUUCAACCGCCGCCUCAGCGAUCUCGCGUCAGGGACGAAGCGCCACCUGAUCGACGGCAUCGUGCUGACCAAGUUCGACACCAUUGACACCAAGGUCGGGGCGGCGCUGUCCAUGGUGUACACUUCUGGCGCCCCCAUCAUGUUCGUGGGGGUCGGGCAGAACUAUCCCGAUCUCUCGCGGCUCAACAUCAAGGCCAUCUGCAAGUCGCUGCUUGGGUAG